UCUGGACUCACUCAGCAGGAAUGACUCUUCAACCUACAAGUGUCCCAGACUUCAGCACCACAGCCAUAUAUGGACACCACAACAACACCAAUGAAACUCAUUGUCACAGUGGAGAAGACUGGGAUUGGCUCUACAGCAUGCAGCCGGUGUAUAUCCUGUUCAUCACCGUGCUGGGUGUCGUGUUUAAUGUGUUUGUCCUGAUGGUUUUCUGCCUCCACAAGAAGGCCUGCACCGUGGCUGAGAUCUACUUGAGCAACCUAGCUGCUGCUGACCUUGUCCUGGUGUCCUGUCUGCCCUUUUGGGCUGUCAAUAUAUACAAUGGCUUUGAUUGGCCUUUUGGUCAGUUCCUGUGCAAAGUCGUCAACCUGGGCAUCAAGAUGAACGCCUACUGCAGCAUCUACUUCCUUGUUCUGGUUAGCAUAGAUCGUUAUGUGGCACUGGUGCAUACGAUGUCCCAUGGCAGAAUGCGCAGGCCGAAGUAUGCCAAACUGGGCUGUUUGCUGGUGUGGGGUUUCGGCUUGCUCCUGAGUGUCCCCGCGCUCAUCCUCAGGGCAGUGAAAUAUAUCCCAGAUUAUGAUGUUCAUGCAUGCAUCCUGGACUACCCAAACCGGACUUUGGAGCUGCUCUGCGAUGGGAUGUUGAUCAUUGUUAGCUUUAUCAUCCCCUUUUCAAUUAUCUCAUUCUGCACUGUCAAGAUUAUUCAGGCUUUGAGGAACCAGGCAAUGGAGAGGUUCAAUGCUGUGAAAACGGAGCAGAAGGCCACCACUCUGGUGUUGGUCGUCCUCCUAGCAUUCCUGAUCUGCUGGGUGCCUUUCCAUAUGGUCACCACACUGGAUCUGCUCCUGAGAGCUGCAGGCCUGGGAGGGUGUGACCUCAUCUCCGCCCUAGAAAUCUGCAACCAGAUCUUCACCUAUUUAGCCUUCUUCAACAGCACUCUCAACCCCGUCCUGUAUGUCAUUGUAGGGAAGAACUUCCGGAAAAAAGUUCAGGAACUCUUCAAACAGUGGGCAAUUAAGAGAAGAGCCACCUCUGAUUCCACACGUUCAAACCUGUCUUCGACACUGAAGACUUCGGUAUAAAAUACUGCCGUCAAAAGCACUGUUCCCCUCAAAAGUAGACUUUGCAAAAAGAUGACUGUGGUGGGAUGGGAGCGCCAAUGUCAAUUAUUGAAAUGAGAAGCUAACUUCAUUUUAAUUUGCAGUGGAUAUAAUUGUGUAGUAAAGGGACCAAACCACACUUUCUCUAAUCAAUCAGUAAUGAGACUUCUUGUCACAAAGAUUAAUUUGAGGUUUAAUACAUUUUAUGAAACAUAACUGUGUGUAGGGACAUA